AAUGGGUUGUUGUGCUUAUAAAGGAUAAAAUAGGAAUAAAGAAAAGGUUUUUUGUGAACCAAAUAUAUCAGAUACUCAAAAUUAUCGAUAAUCUUAGGACUAAUCACUCUAACCUAAAUAUCAAGAAUAAACCAUGGAAAAAGUAACUUGUGAAAUAUAGAUUGUUUAAAAAAAUAAUUUAAAUCAUCUGAUUACUUUAAAAGAGAAUCAAUAUACUGUUUACAAUAAGGAUGAUCUUAAUGUUGUUGAUGAUCAAUUUUUUUAAGAUAAACAUUAACAAAAACCUCAAGAAGUUGAAAAAGCUAAUUCUGAUGACGAUUAUUGA